AUGUUUCGAGUCUUCUUGUUCGUCGCUUUCGUAGCAUUAUCUACAGGAGCACCCUAUGGUGACAUUAAUUCACAACGAUCAUUGCCUCCCUCCUCACAAAGCCAGACAUGGGGUCAACAAGCCCCUCAGAUUGCUAAACUCUCACAACAAGAUGAAACUGAACUUGUUGAUUCAUUAGGUGGUGGCUAUUCAUUUUUCAAGAAACAACCAAUCGUUGCACGCCCAUUGAUUCAACAGCAAUUAGCCAUCAAAGACCAACCAGCUCCAAUUUCAAGCUUCGAUGAUACGUCAAAUCAAUGGUCCGAUUACACCAAGGCCAGUGCGUUCAAAACAAAACCCAAAGUACAGAUCGUUUCUUCAAACAAAGAUCUCUUAAUUAAAGAUCAAUCAUCUUAUGGUUCUGGAUCUGUUCAACAACAAAUCCCAGUCGACACUGGUGCUCAAUUUGUUCAACAAGAUUUAACACAACCAUGGUCAUCUAAACCAACCGUUCUUCCACAACAACCAUUAAUCCGUGACGACACAGUCAGCGGAUAUGGCCAACAACAAGUUUUAACCAAAUCAUGGUCACCUAAACCAACCGUUCUUCCUCAACAACCAUUAAUCCGUGAUGACGCUGUCAGCGGAUAUGGCCAACAACAAGAUUUAACCAAAUCAUGGUCACCUAAACCAACCGUUCUUCCUCAACAACCAUUAAUCCGUGAUGACGCUGUCAGCGGAUAUGGCCAACAACAAGAUUUAACCAAAUCAUGGUCACCUAAACCAUCCGUUCUUCCUCAACAACCAUUAAUCCGUGAUGACGCUGUCAGUGGAUACGGUCAACAAGAUUUACAAAAACAAUGGGCGCCAAAAGCAAACAUAGUUCCCGGUCAACAAAAUAUCCGCAUAUUAGUUCAACAACAACCAUUAAUCCGUGACGAGACAGCCAGUGGAUAUGGUCAACAACAAGAUUUAAUUAAAUCAUGGUCAUCCAAACCAACCGUUCUUCCUCAACAACCAUUAAUCCGUGAUGAUGCCGUUAGUGGAUAUGGUCAACAACAAGAUUUAACCAAACAAUGGACACCAAAAUCAAGCGUGUUUCAAGGCCAACAAAAUAUCCGCACAUUAGUUCAACAGCAACCAUUAAUCCGUGACGACGCUGUCAGUGGAUAUGGCCAACAACAAGACUUAAUUAAACCAUGGUCGUCUAAACCAGCCGUUCUUCCACAACAACCAUUAAUUCGUGACGACACAGUCAGUGGAUAUGGUCAACAACAAGAUUUAACCAAAUCAUGGUCAUCCAAACCAACCGUUCUUCCUCAACAACCACUAAUCCGUGACGACGCUUUCAGUGGAUACGGUCAACAAGAUUUACAAAAACAGUGGGCACCAAAAUCAAACAUUGGUUUCGCUGAUCAAAGUGUCCGCACAUUAGUACAACAACAACCUUUAUUCCGUCCUGAAGUUGGCUCAUUUAGCCAACAAAGUGUUGAACAGCAAUGGGCACCUACAUCAAACGUUGGCACCGGUCAAAACUGGGACGUCAAACUCUCAGGUCCAGUUGUGAACACAGUUCAAUCCGAUCAAUCAUCAUGGAGUACUCAACAAAACGACUUUUCACAACAAGUUUCACCAAUGACUGCAUCACGCUCCGCUUUUCAAUCAGCACCAUUCAAACAAUCAUCUGAUAGCGGCUCAUUCGCUGGCUGGUAA